UCAAAAAAGAAAAAACUCUCACUUUUCUCUACUCAUUAGAAAAAAACUCUCGCUCUCCUUCCGGGAGAAGCCAUGUCGAAACCGCCGCCGCCGCCGCCAACGCCGCCCGCCUCCGAGAUCUCAUCCUCUGUCGCCGCGGCCGCUCCUCGCUCCCUUCCUCCAACGCUGCUCCUCCCUCCUUCGUCCAGCGGGAACCGAAGCGCGCGCGGCGGCAGUGCCGCGGGGAGCAGGAAGGGCAAGGCGGCCGGCGCGGAGAGAGGGGGACACCAGCACGACCCGCUAGUGGAGGCCGUGAGGUUGGUUGGGAGGGACGUGGAUCCGGGGGUCGCCGGCGCUGACAUCCUGGAGCUGGCGAUGGCCAAGGGGCCCAUGUUCUCGUGGCUGAGGUACUGGCCGGAAGAGGGGUAUCCCGAGGAGGGUCGACCUUACUGAAGCCUAUCCCAGCUGUUAGGAGUACUAUCUAUUGCAAUUUUAUUGUGCAUCAGUGUUGGGGUCUUUCCCCUGAUGGGUCUGAUCAUCUCCCAUUCCACUAAGUAUCGUGCUGCCAAUGACUAUCCUGUGCACCUAUGUAGUUCAAAAUGUGCUUAAUAUUUCUGCACAUAAUGUGAUCUAGUGAUCCCUUCAGAGUGAUUUUAUCUUCA